AUGUCAUCGCAGAAGACUUCAUCAAGCUCUGGCUGCGGCUCUUCUGGUAGAACGAGCUCUAACGUGACCAACCACGGCAUCAACAAUGAAGCAAGUCUCCGGACCGCUCGGAAUACCCAACAUGGUGCUGACAAUGUUGUUCAGGGAAACCACUGGUGCACUCGUGAAGCUGGCCCGGACGACGUGAACUCGAACCCUUAUCACUACUCCAACAGGGACGGCUCAUAUUACUACAGCAACGCCGACGGCUCGAAAUACUUCAACGACGGUAAGGGAGGCGCAUGGUUUACCCCUCCUCCUCCCAAAUAA